UUCAUGACGAAAGUAGAUCAGAUGGUAAAAGUACAGUGUUUUUAUAUGGAAGCUGACAAGACUGUUUCAGUACCAUUAGAAGUCAGGUUUAUGACGAAAGUAGAUCAGAUGGUAAAAGUACAGUGUUUUUAUAUGGAAGCUGACAAGACUGUUUCAGUACCAUUAGAAGUCAGCAUGAUUACAACGCAGUUCCGCGAGAAGAUGUACGAGAUGCCACGCUGUGAAUAUACACUUCGACGUGGAUCACCGCAAGGUCCAAUAGUAGAAUAUGCGCAGCUUGGAGAAAGUGUGUAUCACCGCUGGGAAUGUCUGGAUCAGGCCGAUACAUUUGGCAUGCUCGUUCACUCAUGCUAUGUAGACAACGGGUAUGGCGAUCGGGUUGACAUACUCGACAGUAAAGGGUAA